CGCUGCUACGACUCGCUUCGCGCAUGCGCGGGGGUGGUUGUUUUUCACAAAGCUGUUCUUAAAGUGAGCUGGCAGCGUGCGGGCCAGCUGCCUUUGUACGUAUAUCGUAGUGUUGGGCGGCUGUCGUUGUCUUCUCAGCAAUUCCGAUGAAGCGUUCGUAGGGGACACGCUGAUCUUGUUGGCAGGCUCUACGCAGCAGAGGCGUUGUUCAGUGUAAAGUGAAGGUCGCGUUUUGUAUGAGACCUUGACUUUUUUUUGUUUUCCUUGCAGUAUAUUUUUAUACACUUCGUUAAAAAUCAUGGUGCUGGGGAAGGUGAAGAGUUUGACAAUAAGCUUUGACUGUCUCAGUAACAGCAAUAUCCCCGUGUAUUCUAGCGGGGACACAGUCUCAGGAAGGAUCAGUUUAGAAGUUACUGGGGAAAUUAGAGUGAAAGCUCUUAAAAUUCAUGCAAGAGGACAUGCAAAAGUACGUUGGAGCGAAUCUAGAAAUGCUGGAUCCAACACUGCCUAUACACAAAAUUACACUGAAGAAGUAGAGUAUUUUAACUAUAAGGACGUUCUAGUCGGGCAUGCAAGAGAUGAUGACAAUUCCGAAGAAGGACUUCACAUCAUUCAUUCAGGAAGGCAUGAAUAUGCAUUCAGCUUUGAGCUUCCACAGAUACCACUUGCUACCUCAUUCGAAGGCAGACACGGCAGUGUGCGGUAUUGGGUGAAAGCUGAAUUGCAUAGGCCUUGGCUUCUACCAGUAAAAUUAAAGAAGGAAUUUACAGUCUUUGAACAUAUAGAUAUCAACACUCCUUCGUUACUGUCACCCCAAGCAGGCACAAAAGAAAAGACUCUAUGUUGUUGGCUUUGUACCUCAGGCCCAAUAUCUUUAAGUGCCAAAAUUGAAAGAAAGGGCUACACCCCAGGUGAAUCAAUUCAGAUCUUUGCUGAGAUUGAGAAUUGCUCUUCCCGUAUGGUAGUGCCAAAGGCAACCAUUUACCAAACACAAGCAUUCUAUGCCAAAGGGAAAAUGAAGGAAGUCAGACAGCUUGUUGCCAACCUCCGUGGGGAAUCCUUGUCAUCUGGCAAAACAGAAACCUGGAAUGGCAAACAGUUGAAAAUUCCACCUGUUUCCCCUUCAAUCCUUGACUGUAGUAUAAUCCGUGUGGAGUAUUCACUGAUGGUAUAUGUUGAUAUUCCAGGAGCUGUGGAUUUGUUCCUUAACUUACCACUGGUCAUUGGUACCAUUCCUCUACAUCCAUUUGGUAGCAGAACAUCAAGCGUAAGCAGCCAGGGUAGCAUGAGCAUGAACUGGCUUGGUCUGACUCUGCCUGAAAGACUAGAAGCACCUCCUAACUAUGCAGAAGUGGUCACAGAGGAAAACAGACAGUCUGGCCUUGCUCCUGUAGCUGCUUUUGAUGAUUUUCAGAGAGCACUGCAAGGACCAUUAUUUGCAUACAUCCAGGAGUUUCGUUUUCUGCCUCCUCCCCUAUAUUCAGAAGUAGGUAUCUCUGUCAGACUAUGA